AUGCCUAUCCACACGUCUACCACCGAGAUCGAUCGGGCAAUUGACAGAACCUUUGAUGUCGACGCUUUUCCACCUGCUGAAAACGUAGACGAGGAGAAGUUUUUCCUCACAAAUCCCAAACCUGCAUAUCUCAACGACCUCGUAUCACAAGCCAAUGACUUUAUCCAGCUGCAGCUUUCUAAGGGCCGCAAACGGAUAGUUUUGGUCACCUCUGGUGGUACCACAGUGCCCUUGGAAAACAAUACGGUGAGAUUCAUCGACAAUUUCUCUGCUGGAACAAGAGGAGCAUCAAGCGCAGAACAAUUUCUGUACCAAGGCUAUUCUGUGAUAUUUCUUCAUCGAGAGUUCUCCUUGACACCAUUCAAUCGGAACUUCACGCAUAACAGCGAUGUCUGUUUUCUGGAUUAUUACGACGAAAACGGUGAGCUCAAUCCUACUUACAAAGACAAGCUUCUAAACAGCAAAAGACUCUUUGACAAGUAUAUGCAUAAGGAGCAGAAACUAUUACUGCUUCCUUUCACCACUGUCAAUCAGUAUCUUUGGUCUCUGAAAGGUGUUGGGAAACUGCUAAACAGUAGCGAAAGCUUAUUUUAUCUGGCCGCUGCCGUCAGCGAUUUCUUCGUGCCACAUUCAAGACUACCGGAGCACAAAAUUCAAUCUCGCGAACCUGCUCAUUCUGGAACUCACGAAUCUACCAAACGUCACGGUCCAGGAGACGGGAAAUUGGUCAUCGAUCUGGAUCCUGUUCCAAAAUUCCUCAGAAGGCUGGUUGCAUCAUGGGCGGACGAAGCUAUGAUUGUUUCGUUCAAGCUUGAAACGGAUCAGAAGCUCUUGAUAAAUAAGGCCACACAGGCACUCGAUCGCUACCACCAUCAGCUUGUCAUAGGGAACUUACUACAAACUAGAAACAAAGAGGUUGUGUUUGUUUCUGAGCAGAACAGGAGUGGUUCAUGGAUCAAGCUCGACGAAAGUUCGGGUGUUAUCGAAGAGCUCAUAAUACCAGAAGUAAUCAAACAUCAUAAUGGCUGGGUCGCACGGCAAUGA